CUUUCCGGUGCUGUGCCCCGGAAGCGGAAGUGCGAUCUUCGGGCUGUCAGAGUUGGUCUGUUACUCUGUGGUGGUGGAGUCUACGGAAGCCGUUUUCGCUUCACUUUUACUGGCUCUAGAGCGCUUUCCCCCUGGCGAGUGGGAGUGCAGGGACGAAGGUGCGAGAUGAGCACUAUGUUCGCGGACACUCUCCUCAUCGUUUUUAUCUCUGUGUGCACGGCUCUGCUUGCAGAAGGCAUAACCUGGGUCCUGGUUUACAGGACAGACAAGUACAAGAGACUGAAGGCAGAAGUGGAAAAACAGAGUAAAAAAUUGGAAAAGAAGAAGGAAACAAUAACAGAGUCAGCUGGUCGACAACAGAAAAAGAAAAUAGAGAGACAAGAAGAGAAACUGAAGAAUAACAACAGAGAUCUAUCAAUGGUUCGAAUGAAAUCCAUGUUUGCGAUUGGCUUUUGUUUUACUGCCCUAAUGGGAAUGUUCAAUUCCAUAUUUGAUGGUAGAGUGGUGGCAAAGCUUCCUUUUACCCCUCUUUCUUAUAUCCAAGGACUGUCUCAUCGAAAUCUGCUGGGAGAUGACACCACAGACUGUUCCUUCAUUUUCCUGUAUAUUCUCUGUACUAUGUCGAUUCGACAGAACAUUCAGAAGAUUCUCGGCCUUGCCCCUUCACGAGCCGCCACCAAACAGGCAGGUGGAUUUCUUGGCCCACCACCUCCUUCUGGGAAGUUCUCCUGAACUCAAGCAGAACUCUUUAUUUUCUAUCAUUCUUUCUAGACACACGCACAUCAGACUGGCAAAUGUUUUUUAGCAAGAGCCAUAGGUAGCCUUACUACUUGGGCCUCUUUCUAGUUUUGAAUUAUUUCUAGGCCUUUUGGGUAUGAUUAGAGUGAAAAUGGCACCCAGCAAACUUGAUAGUGCUUUUGGUCCUAGAUGAUUUUUAUCAAAUAAGUUGAUAGUUACGUUCAAGUGAUGUUUACAUAAUGAAAAGCAAAUAGCAUCCUUCUUGUUUCAUUUAUGUAAGUAUUUUCUGUGGGACUGACUCUCAAGGCCCUGUGUAUGCCCUGCAAGUUGCUCUCUAAGAGCAUUUAGAGAUUUAGAAGAAAAAUUUAGUUUGUAUAACCCUUCAUUGUAACUGGUUGUUUUGUUGUUUUAUUUCAAGCCAAAUAUAUGACAUAAGAUCAAUAAAGAGGCCAAAUUUUUAGCUAUUUUAUGUACAAGGAGAGAUCUGUUUCAUUUUGUUUUGCCACAUUUCUAGAUGUAAGUUUUAGCAUGGGCCAGGAAGGACUAAAAUUAAAGUUUUUAAGGUACUGUAGUUUUUGCCAUACUUGACUCAUAUCCUCAAAAUACAGACUUGUCCUGGUGUAGGAAUUGGAAAGCAAGAGUGGAAAGGAACGUAAUAACUCGUGGAAGUUUAAAAAUGAGGGUCUUGGCAAGUAACACUGAUGUCUGAAAAAAAAAAAUUAAAUAUAAAUAAAUAAAUAAAUAAAAAUAAGGGUCCUCAGCUGUUCUCUUCAUAUCCUCUUACAGUCUCUCAGAUUCUUGUGGGGGCACUCUUAGAUCCCCCUUGGAGGCAAGGUUAUAGUUAUAUGUUAUUAAUCUUGCAGAGCUUCCUUUUAGUCACAAUAGCCUUCAGUUUCUGCCAUGCCCCUUCAUAAGGAAGAAGGAUGUUUGUACCAUGAUCCUCCCCUAUAAUCUAUGGAAUUAGGAGUCCUGUGUGGAGUCUUGUCAAUAAAUAUGCACAUUCAUCAAA